AUGGAUCUUGCUAUCGCCAAUUAUGGCACCAGCAACGUCGGUAUAAUGUUUGGAACUGGUAACAACACUUUUGCAAAUCAAAUCACGUUUUCAACUGGUCCUAAUUCCCAUCCAUACUCGAUUGCUGUUGGUCAUUUAAACGACGACACUAUGCUAGAUAUUGCUGUCACCAACUAUGGAAAUAACAGUGUAGGUAUACUUCUGGGUCACGGUAAUGGGACUUUUAUGAGUCAAACGACAUAUUCCAUCAGUACUGCUUCACCAUAUUCUAUUGGCAUUGAUGACUUCAACAACGACAAUCGAAUGGAUUUAGUCGUGACCAAUAACGAUAGUGAUAAUAUAGCUCUAUUUGUCGGAUAUGGCAACGGCACCUUUGCAAGUCCAAAAAUGUAUUCAACUGGAUCUUCUUCAUCAAUUUCCAUUGCCAUAGGUGAUUUAAACAGAGAUAAUCGUUCAGACAUUGUCGUCAUCAACAAUGAUACGAACACCAUAAGUAUCAUGCUUGGUUAUGACGAAUUUUUUCCAAUUCAAAUGACAUAUUCAAUUGGCGGUGCGUCAAUAUCUGUAGCUAUUGGUGAUUUUAAUAACGACAUCAAACUGGAUAUCGUCGUCGUUAAUGAACAGGGAAACAGUAUAACUGUAUUUCUCGGAUAUGGAAAUGGCUCAUUUGUAAAUCAAAUGACAUAUCCAGUUGGCAACAUACCAUGGUAUGUAGCUGUUGGCGACUUUAACAAUGACACACAUCUGGAUAUCGUCGCCACUAAUUCGAAAGACAACACUAUGAGUAUCCUUCUCGGAUAUGGUAAUGGCUCAUUUGCUAAUCAAACGACAUAUUCAACUGGCUCUGGACCAUACUUUGUAACUGUUGGUGACUUCAAUAAUGACACCCAUCUGGAUAUCGUCGUCACUAAUUGGAAUGACAAUACUACAAGUGUACUUCUCGGAUAUGGCAAUGGUUCUUUUGCAAAUCAAACGACAUAUUCAACUGGUUUCAAGUCACAGGGUGUAGCUGUCAGUGAUUUUAACAACGACACUUAUCUGGAUAUUGUCGUCGCUAAUUGGGGUGACAAUACUAUAAGUGUACUUCUCGGAUAUGGCAAUGGUUCCUUUGCAAAUCAAACGACAUAUUCAACUGGUUCUGCACCAUACUCUGUAGCUGUUAAUGAUUUUAACAAUGACACCCAUCUGGAUAUCGUCGUCCCUAAUUCGGAUGAUAACACUAUAAGUGUACUUCUCGGAUAUGGCAAUGGUUCUUUUGCAAAUCAAACGACAUAUUCAACUGGCUUCAAUCCACUGUCUCUAGCUGUCAGUGAUUUUAACAACGACACUUAUCUGGAUAUCGUCACUGCUAAUUUUGGUGACAACACUGUUAGUGUCCUUCUCGGAUAUGGCAAUGGCUCUUUUGCAAAUCAAAUGAUAUAUUCAACUGGCUCUGGGCCACAGUCUCUAGCUGUUGGUGACUUUAACAACGACACCCGACCGGAUAUUGUCGUUGCUAAUUCCAAUGACGCCAAUGUAUGUGUACUACUUCGGUAUGAUAGAGGAGCUCUGAAAGAAAAAAUCACAUUUGCAUCUGCCAAUGAUUC